CGGGCACUGCCAGUGCACACUGGCAGCACAGGUCUGCCCUCUCCUGCGGUCGAUCGCUCCCCCCAAGCAUUCUCCUGAGUGAGACCUGACCUGACCUGAUUCUCACACGCCGACGGACUGGGAGCCGCCAGAACUGUCUGCGUUACAGUGGCACCCGCUCCAGACUGCGCUUGAUUGACUUCCUUCCUUCCAUACUACUACCACUCCUUCUCACCCAUCACCACCACCGACUGCACCUCUGCUUUGUCCCCGUUUCCCAUCUUGCCGUCCCAGUUUCAUCCAUCACUUCAACGCCGUUUCUUCAUUCUUGUUGUUGACUUGACUGGCUUCUUCUGCCUUUUCUCCCCUCUUCCGCCUCAACUCACGGUUGUUGUCUCCUUCAGACGCGCCGUGGCUCUCACAUUCGUUUCCUGAGCUUCUGCACACCAGAGCUCUCCUGGUUCGAGAGAGGUCAGAAGUUGCUUUCGACCAUUCACUUCUCGCUCAUACGAUUUUAUUUCCAUACUUAAUCCGACCUUCGCUUCUUCCUGUCUACAUUUGAGACGCCGGUUCACCGCAAGGAUUUCGUUAUAAUCAUUCUCCCUUGUCCUACGCCUCCAUGUUGUGCGGGCAGUCCCCCUUUUGAGAAGUAUCCUUGGAAGUGCGGUAUCCGUCGAGUCGAUUCCUUAUUUGAUCCCCAGAUUGCUUUGAAGACGUUUGGGGCAUAGUCUGGCGUUUGCCAGCUCACUGUCUCCACACAAUAUUGGAAGGGAAAGAUGGCUGCUUUGGUCCAAAGUCUCCCGGCUCACACAACAAUUUCCACCAUGGUCGGUCGUCCCUCGUCCUCUGGAAGUUACCCUUCCCAGGCUCCUUCAGGGCAGCUGAGGGGCCAUCAGCCAGGCCGCUACAAUAACAUGUCGGGAACUGGCUAUAGAGGCAUGCCAGCAAGCGGACCUGUGGCCCCUUAUGCCUUCACUUCGACACCUCAGUUGGCGAACUCGAACCUCGGUCUUCGCCAAUCCAGUCACAACCCUAGCCGGUCGAUUUCUGCUCAACGGAUCACCCAGGCCCAGCCAGGCUCAUCUGCCGAGCAACCGACUACCCCCACUGAUCACACUCAGGCCGAGCCUGCCGGCAAGUCCAUGUCCUUAGGUCUUCCCGCUAUUCCAUCAACCGGCUCACUGAUGGGUCCGACGCUCACACCCCUUUCAACGGCUUCUAUGGCCCCUAAGCCAUCACCUGAACGAUACCGAAGAAAUGUUAGACGAGUGGAUGGCGAGGGCGGUUCAAAUCGAACUUCUCCGGGUUCUGCUCUACCUUCAGGGUCCGGCAUGGCUGCGGUCGGGUCUCUUUACAACCACCCGACUCAGUCCAGCAGCACUCCAUCAUUGAACUCCCAACAUUCGUAUCGAAGCUCACAGAGUGGUAACAAUGGUGUGUUGAAGAACUCCAGUGCGGAUGAUCUUCAACUGGGUCGACCACAGACCACUGAGCUCGCUGCGAGGUAUCGGAGACGUAGCUUUGGCAGCAUUGAAACCGCUGGCCUCAAUAACGCAGUUGAUUCCCAGCAGACUUCAUCGCCACACCCUAGUGCAAUUCUUCCUCAACAUAACCAAAAUGGCACUGUAAAGAACCAACGGCCUUCUUACCACAAGCACAGCGGAAGUUCCGACAGUGUUGCCUCUUCAAGGUCGACUCUGUCUUCUCGUCCUGGUUCGGCUCGUACCGAUCAACCUGUGCUCACUGCACCCAAUUCCGGCAUCACCCCCUCUGCCCCAGCCAGGCCGGACCAAAGGCCAGCGGGCACCUCACGCUUAGGAGAUUCGAGCAUUCGCCAGCGAUCGCCCCUGUCCCGACCAGUCAAUUUCCAAGCCGAGGAGGCACCUCAAUUAUCACGGCGGCCUUCUGCACCGGCACUGCAGACGCCUGCGCCUGAGCAACAUGCUCCAACAAGCCCUGCUGUUGAGCAUCUUGCUGCCCUAAGUCAAAAGGAUGUCAAAAAGCCGAAAUCCAAGUUACGGAGGGCAUUCUCCUUCGGUAGUGCUGCGGAACUCAGGCAGGCCACGACCCAAAACAAUCACGAGAAGAGCAUUGCCAACAAGGCGGCACAAUCCGCGAAGAGGAAUUCCAAGUAUGAGGACGAGUUGGAUCCUGAGCAGGCAAGAAUUGCUGAGAAGCAAGAAGCCGGAGGACUGGGCGAGAGCAUCUAUUCCGGGCAAGGCAACUUUUUCACUGGAUCAACGGACAAUUUAUCCAUCUCUUCGACGGCUUCGUCUGCCUCUGUGAUGCUCCGUAAAAUGGGCAAAGGAGUCAAGAAGGGCACGCGGUCGCUUGUUGGCUUGUUUCGGCCCAAAUCAGUGGUUGGGGUUCCCGCAGCCGAUGGUCCGGUGAACCAGGCCAGUCUAGCUCAGGUCUCGAUGGUUACUGUGGAAGCAGAACGCGAGAAGGUCAACAUCAAUGCCAACCCUCACGACCAGACUGGCGGCGGCACUGGAUUUCCCAAACUUGAGCGUAAUUCUAUUGAGACCAAGUUGUCGUUCGAUAGUGGGACUGUAUCAAGCGACACGCGUUCACGUCGCAGCAUUGUUGGGGGAGAAAAGGAGCGCGCGGAGAUCCUCGCUGCUGUGAGGAAGGGCAUACUCAAACGAACAGACUCGAAUCAACCCUCGCCCAAAUUGAAGGCUUAUGACUUCAAAGUCCCCGACUUCAACUUGCCCCAAAUUCCCCAUGUCAACGAUUCCCCAAAGUCCAGUGCACCAAGCACCCCCGCGGAUGAGACUCCACGAUCCGGCCACCGCCGAACCGACUCCAUCACGAUUGAAGGCAACGAUCAUGACGACUAUUUCUCUUCAAUGACCCGACUUGCCAGCAUAGACUCUAAGAAUGCACCUAUGACACCUCAAGGCCUGAUCCGGAACAUUUCUUUUAGCCCUCGAAUUCAAUUUCAUGAUACUUGGCCAAGUGCAGAAUACGAUCGCCGCGGAGACAUUGCGACCUGCAACCGCUUGACUCCAAUGCUCGCACAGCAGAUCAAGGAAGAGCUCAAUACCUUCAAAAUGGAAAUGGAGGUUCACGAGUCUUCGAAAGUGUACACGCAUUUCUUCUAGUGUCAUGAAACGCCUUGGAUACCAAGACAUGUCACUACUGCACCGACUGUCCAGUUCGACAAAUAACACGAUCAGACAACCGGAAUAUCAGCUUACACACGAUUUCUACGACUCUGGCGGUACAUGUGCAACACAGCAUAUUUUGUCGUUAGAAUUCGAUCGGCGAAGCCUAUUGGGCGGCAUUUGACGUUCGACCCUAUGUACAUUUAGAAAAGCCCUCCCAUGUUGCAUUUUCAUUCACGACUCGUUUCAUUGUAAGGUGUCUGGCGCUCGGAUUGGAUGGGCCUGGAGGGCCCGCAGCUUGCAUCAAGAGGUAUUGAUUUGUUUGGGUCUCACCUUUCUCUGAAGGCUUAAGGGUAUGGGAAUGUUAGGUUUGGGUCUACGUCCUAACUCCAUGCCGCAUGGAAGCGCCCUCAGUCAGUCCUUGGACAAACGGUGUGUGCAGACAAGGGCAUUCCAUCCGCUUUGCCCAUCGCUACCUCGUAUGUGCUUGCCAGGACAUGAUCAGUCUAACCUGGUCACAUCGAGGUGCCGGCACACAUACUGGCCUGAUCCUCAUAGGAAGGAAUUUAAUUGAUUCGCGGUGGAAGAACGAAAGUCUGCUUGUUGUCUCGCUAUACAAAGAGCAAUAAUCGAGCGUAGAUAUUGGAAAUUCGGAAGAUACCUAUUGGUCACCUCUGUCCGAGUUAACUGCGUUUUGAGGGGGUUUCCUCUCGUCCC